AUGGCUCGAAAAUUCUUCGUGGGAGGAAACUUCAAGAUGAACGGGACCAUCGAGUCCAUCAAGGGCAUCGUUGAGAACCUGAACAAGGCUACCUUGGACCCUAACGUCGAGGUUGUCGUUGCUCCUCCCCACCUCUACCUGCUUCUGGUCCGUGAGCACUUGAAGCCGAGCAUCGAGGUUGCUGCCCAGAAUGUCUUCGACAAGCCCGAGGGCGCCUACACCGGCGAGAUUUCUCCUACCCAGCUGAGAGAUAGCAACAUCACCUGGACGAUUCUCGGCCACUCCGAGCGGCGAACCAUCCUCCGCGAGAGCGACGAGCUCGUGUCUUCCAAGACAAAGUUCUCCAGCGAGCACGGUAUUGGAGUCAUCUGGUGCUGCGGCGAGUCUCUGGAGGAGCGCGAGGCAGGAAGCACCAUCUCUGUCAUCACAAAGCAGCUCGAGGCGCUCAAGAGCAGCAUCGGCACCGACUGGUCCAACAUUGUCAUCGCCUACGAGCCCAUCUGGGCCAUUGGCACCGGCAAGGUUGCUACCAAGGAGCAGGCACAGGAGGUCCACGCUGCUAUCCGCGCGUGGUUGAAGGACCAAGUCAGCCAGAAGGCUGCUGACGAGACACGAAUCCUCUACGGUGGCAGUGUCAACGAGAAGAACUGCAAGGAGCUGGCCAAGGAGGAGGAUAUUGACGGAUUCCUUGUCGGUGGUGCUAGCUUGAAGCCUGCCUGUAAGUCUUAUAUUCCUGCCGCCUAA